AUGGACAGUGGUGGCGAACCUUUCAAAGUCCAUCCUGACUCUGCCCCUCUUAUCAAUGCAGGUAACUCUCUGUUCUUCAUAGACAAAUGACAGGCUGCCUCUGACGCAUAUCUGUAUGAAUAAAGUGGGAGGAGAGGAAGGCCGGAUCAAAGAAAGCUAACAUUGUGAAUGGGGCACGGGAGGUGUUUUGUGCUUCUUGAGCAGUGUUGUUUCCUUUUCUUACUACAGUUGUCAAAGCCAGAAUCUCUGGGACACUGGUAUCUGAUGAAAUGAAUCUCUGAGUGCAUGUAAGAAGAGUUUGUUAUAAACUUUUUAAAUAUUUGCUUUGAAGAACACUGGGGUCCGUCAGAUACUUAUGGAGCCAUUAGAUGCUAAUGGGGUCUCUAGAAUGAUGAAGUCUGCAAUGAGAAGACAUAUCAUGUUGUCUUUCCCUGAAAGACAAUUUGCCCAGCACUUCUGACCUUCCCAUGCAAAACCCAACUAUGGGGUAAUGUUGAAUGGGUUCGCAUGUGCAUAUGCGGUUCAUGCAGGACAACCACUGUGUGACAAGAAACAUUCAUACCAUACAUUUAAAGCAUUGUGGCACCACUUUCAACAGUCAUGGCUUUCCCCCAAAGUAUUCUGGGAGCUGUAGUUUAAGGGGUGCUGUGGGUUGUUGUUGUUGCUGUUGUUGUUUAGUCGUUUAGUCAUGUCUGACUCUUCGUGACCCCAUGGACCAGAGCAUGCCAGGCACUCCUGUUUUCCACUACCUCCCGCAGUUUGGUCAAACUCAUGCUGGUAGCUUCAAGAACACUGCCCAACCAUCUCGUCCUCUGUCAUCUCCUUCUUGUGCCCUCCAUCUUUCCCAACAUCAGGGUCUUUCCAGGGAGUCUUCUCUUCUCAUGAGGUGGCCAAAGUAUUGGAGCCUCAGCUUCACGAUCUGUCCUUCCAGUGAGCACUCAGGGCUGAUUUCCUUCAGAAUGGAUAGGUUUGAUCUUCUUGCAGUCCAUGGGACUCUCAAGAGUCUCCUCCAACACCAUAAUUCAAAAGCAUCAAUUUUUCUGUGAUCAGCCUUCUUUAUGGUCCAGCUCUCACUUCCAUACAUCACUACUGGGAAAACCAUAGCUUUAACUAUACGGACCUUUGUUGGCAAGGAGAUGUCUCUGCUUUUUAAGAUGCUAUCUAGGUUUGUCAUUGCCUGUGGGUUGUUAGGAGAACCCUAUUCCUUUCCCAGAGCUACAAUCCCCAGAGUUCCAUGUGAAGAGGGAUUGGAUUGCUAAACCACUCUAGGAAUUGUAGCUCUGAGAGGGGAAUAGGGGAAAUGCUCAGGAAAUGCUGGUAUAUCUGAAAGGGCUGGGUAAAGAUGGCCAUAGUUCCAAGGUGUGAUGGGACCACUCACUCUGUCAACAGCACUACCCAUAUAUAAAUUGAAAAGGUUGAUGGCAAUAUUUCCAAGUAGCUUUAAAUACGUUUUUUAGACCUUCCAGCAUGGAUGUUAUCAUGGGAUUAUUGGAAGGUGAAGGAUAUUAUCUUAUGGAUGGAUAACAGGAAGAAUGUAAAUGCAUCAUUAAACAAUUGGAGCCAGGGAAAUGACCCUUCUGUGCCCCUCUUCAGCCAUAUGGUACCUGUAGAUACUGAACAUGUGGCAGCUAGCCCCAUCCCCUAGUUUGGGACAUUUGUGUUGUGCCCAUCAUCAUCAUCAUCAUCAUGGUGACACCAGUGUGUACCUGUGUCAGUGUGAUGGUGGUGGCCACCAAUGUGUAUGGAUAUACAUGCAUGGGGCUUUCUCCUUGUGGAUGGGGAUGUUGAGCAACCUGAAUUUUCAUCUCCAUGGAGGAAGCGCUGCAUGCAAACAUCCAAAUGUGCACAGGAACCCCUUGGCCGUUGUGUGUGUUAAUAUGUAAGGUACAAGGCAUCUUCUCAUGAACGUCUUCACACAUUGAUUAACAAAUGCAUGAAGAGGGCUUCUGGGUCUCUAAAAUCCUAUAGGUGACUUUUAAAAAGCAACCUUUUGAAAAGAAAUAAAAUGUGACCCAUUGGUUAUACCAGUUUCAAAGCAUUUCUGCUGCUCCACAGCACAACAGUGUGUGUGUGCGUGGGUGGGUGUGGGUGUGUACUAACAUAUCUGCAGCAGCUGUUUCAGGUCCCCAGAAGUAAAUUAGCUCUAGAAGUUAGCCUGGGAAGUAAUGGAUACCAAGGAAAAUGUGGUUGGUGUUCAGCCGAGAACCAUAAUAGCUCUGGAGAUACUGUUGCCAUCCAAACAGAGAACCAGCAGCCCAGGAUAGGUGUAGAUUAUUUUUUGAAAAUGCUUAUAAAGGUGAAGAGGCUUGUAUUGCUAUCCAACAACAACAAAAGCAAGUUGUGAGACAGAGGGAGAAAUUCUGGUUGCACACCUGCAUUUGCGUAUGUCUAUGGAUGGUUAUUAUUAAAAUUGUGAAGCAAGUAUUUAGGAAAAUUAUGCAAAGCCUGUUGAAAGACAGUUUUGCAGUUAUUUGUGCUGCAGGCAUAAUAAAAUAUUUGAGCCUUGUCCCACCUGUGGUGAAAUGGAAAAUUAGCAGCACGCUGGCAUUGAAAGAUAACUUAAGGAAGCAAAAUAUUUGGUUCCGAUCUUCUGGUUGGCGUUAUGAUAUCCUAAUUGACAGUCACUCGACUUGGGAUGAGCAUGCUAUCUCUGAGAAGGCCAGAACCAAUUCAAAUGGAGCAGCUAUUUGUUUUGGAUUUGAAGGCCCGAAGUUACCUGCAAAGCAGAUUUGAGUAUUUUGAUUGGCUCUCAGCAAAGUCAUAGUGAGUAUUAAGGAGCAAGCAAUUCAUCGGGAUGUUAAAGAUGGGCUGCAGCUUCUCCACCAACUGUAGUCCAAUGCUGUCUAAGCUGAGCAGCUGAGUUAAUGUUGUAUGUGCUGGGGAGUGCGGCAUUUGUUAGCAAAUGAACACCAGAGGAGAAUCCAUAGCAUAGUGUUUUACAGUGCUUGCUUUUCAUUUAGAAGUACCAGUUGAAGCAAAAUGGUCAGCACUGGGCUGGCAGACUACUGGUCUGACUUGGUUUAAGGUACCUUCUCCAUCUUCCCCUCUCUAUUAGGAAGGUCACUUGCUUGUUGCCACAAAAGACGACAGACAUUCACAUAACAUGCUUUAUAUGUGUAGAUGCACACUGAGGAAUAAUUACUAUAAUUUAGACAUAAUACAUCAGACCAAUGGGAAGAAAUUUGACCAGGUGACCUGUGUGCCUGCUCAAGUGCUAACUGUCGAUGGGUAGCUUCUUUGCUUUCCCUCCUUUGGACAUAAACCAAACAUAGACAGGAGAACCCUUUAAAUAACAAGCGGUCCUUUGUAAAAUAGUGAAAUAUACUCGGAGGAUGCAGGGAUACCUUACUCUCUGCUUCCAUUAUCAACUCUGUGUGUGUUGUAUACAAGCUGCACAAGUGUUAUCAGGUGCAAAAGAAAGAAAUCAGGGAGGCAUUGCCGAGUUUAAAACUUAAGGUGUAUGUUUGGCAUGUAAAUGAAAGUACUAGGUUGGCUUAUAUAAUUGUUUAGGACAGAGGCGCCAAUUUGUCCCUAAGAUUGAGGGGGCCCGACAUGCGUCACACGACGUUGUGACAUCUGGAGGAGCCAGUCACUGAAGCUGUGAUUUGUGGUGCAAUGAGCACCGGGGGCCCCAACAUUUGGGGUGUGUGUGUCCAGCCCCUUUCCAACAAAUAUUGAGGGGGGGCCAAAGACACCUUGGCACCCCUACAGUUGGAGCGCCUGCUUUGCCUUGGUCAUGCUAAGCUAGUCUGCUGCCCUCAGGUGUGAUGGAUGUUCCUGGUGUUAAAGUAGGAUUAGCUUGUUUACAUGCAAGAAGGGGGAAGUGUUUCAUCUUUUGCCUCAGGGAGAACCAUACCUUGGUGCCUGAGGAAAGAAGCAGAAAUCACUGGAAUGCCUGCGAUAAGGUGGUUCCUGAGAAGUCUAAGAAAGGGGAAGUCACUGAGAAAUGUGGAUGUUGCACUCUUUUGAACCACUGUCCUGAGGGGAAGUGGCUUCAGAAAGCCUUUGCCAACUUGGUGCUGCCCAAAUGUUGCUGAAAUACAAUUCCCAUUAUCUGCGGCCAUUGGCUGUGCUGGUUGAGACUUAUGGGAAUCGUAGUCCAAACCAUCUGGAGGGCACCAGUCUCGCAAAGGCUGGAUUCGGGUGCUGCUAUGAGAGAAUCAGGAGGGUGUCAGGAGAAGCGUAUGGUUGGAGUUUAUCUCCCCGCAUAACUGUAUGAGAAUUCUGAGAAGAACCAUGGAUUAUGGCUCCCAGUACGUUUCCGAGCACAAUUCAAAGUGCUGGUGUUGACCUUUAAAGCCCUAAACGGCCUCGGCCCAGUAUACCUGAAGGAGCGUCUCCACCCCCAUCGUUCUGCCCGGACGCUGAGGUCCAGUGUCGAGGGCCUUCUGGCGGGUCCCUCAUUGCGAGAAGCAAAGCUACAGGGAACCAGGCAGAGGGCCUUCUCGGUAGUGGCGCCCGCCCUGUGGAACGCCCUCCCAUCAGAUGUCAAAGCGAUAAACAACUACCUGACAUUCAGAAGACAUCUUAAGGCAGCCCUGUUCAGGGAAGCUUUUAAUGUGUGAUAUUUUAGUGUUUUUUGGUUUCUAUGGAAGCCGCCCAGAGUGGCUGGGGAAACCCAGCCAGAUGGGCGGGGUACAAAUAAUAAAUAAUAAUAAUUAUUAUUAUUAUUAUUAUUAUUAUUAUUAUUAUUAUAUGUAGAAAGGAACGAACUGAUUACCAGCCUCUGCUUGCAGCCUUGCAUCUUGCCCUCUAUCCUUUUCUCAAGAAGUGGACACAGAUCUUUUCAAAGAAGCCGAGUCUCCUUUUGUGAAGUAGGUGGUGCAACCUCAUUUGAUAAAGGCGACUUCAUCAAAGGAGAGAAGUGCUGCCAUCACUUUUCCUGGUAAUGUGUAGAAGAUUAAAUUUACCCUCCCUGAGAAAAUGAACGCUAUAAAUGUCAUGGGUGGGGAAGGGAUGCAAUGAUGAUUUCAAGCAUUAACCCGAUCUUCAUCACAACUGAUGGCAAUGAGAAUAUAUAUAUAUAUAUAUAUAAGCAGAAGCUGUAAAUAAUGCUUAGUGAACUGACUUCUGAUACUUCCCACUUCUUGAGAAGUGGAUGACAUUGAGUAUUGCGUACAAUAUACUCACACUGCAGAGGUUUAGCAACUGCACAGCGUAAGAUAUUUUGGCAGGGAUACCUGUGGGAGUAAUGUCAUCCUCCUCCCCUCACAAUUCAUGCUACCCCUGAGAAUAGGGGCAGGGGGAUUUGUGGGAAACUAGCUAACGGAUCCAUCAAAGAAUAUUUAUUUGUUCAUUAAUUUAUUUUAUGAACAUUGCACAAGUUAUACACAACGCUAUUUUACUGAUCACCCUUUGUUCAGAGUUUACAGCCCAUGACUUGGUAGGAAGUGUAGCUCUGCCUAGUUUUGCCCUGCAUUUGGUGUUGCACUGCAGCUGAUUGGGAAAAAAAUAAAUUGGAAAAGCAAAGCAUGUUAUUUAAUUUCUGGUUGAGUCCAUAAUUCUAAUGAUUUCUUCUUCUUCUUCCUUAAAAUAAAGGAAUGAUUUACAAAGGGGUUGAUUGGAGGGUAGAAAGAGAGAAAAGUCGACACUUCCCUUCCUCCCUGCUCAGUUAAAUCCAUCAUUCUGAAGUAAACAGAAGGGCAAAGUAUUCACAUGAAAUUCAUUUCAGAAUUUUGGUCAAUAGUUCUAGUGUGGGCAGCAUGCAGUUAAAAGUGUAGACUCAACAGUAGCACAGUGGCAGGACACAUGGUCCCUAACCCAUUCUCUGGUAUCUCAAGUUCAUAGACAGUAAAACUGGGAAAGACUACUGCCUAUGACCUUGGAAAGCCAUUUUCAGAACUAGAAGAACCAAUGCUCUGACCUUCAGUGUAAGUGAAAACAUGGCAAGUGCUAGAUAGUCAAAAUAGGCUCUUUCUGGUUCAUGCCACUUUUGUAUGUCCUGUUUCCACCUUAACCAGCAAUUAAACUCAUCUUUGUGCACACAAACACCAUAUUUAAAUAUGUAUUUUCAACAUAUUUUCGCUCAAAGUGUGCAAGUUUCUAAAAUGCAUUUUGAUCCAGUUUUUGACCAUUCAGAGAAGUGCAAAGUAUAGUGGACCAUUAAGUUCUGAUCCACACAUUAGUUUGGGAAGCGCAGAUCAGGUCAGUUUGUAUCAGAAUUCACAAAGAUGGAAUUCCUCAAACGCAUCCCUCGUAUUGGUUGUUGUAAAACACUGUCAUUUCGUCGGACAGAUGUAGUUUUUGUGGACCAAGCUGGGAGAGGAUGUGGGAAAGAGUGUCUCUCUUCCAGUUUCCUCCUGCUGCUCUAUGCAUUUCUGAAGGGAGAAAAUGGUAGCUAACCUCACCACUUCAUGACCAAGAUGGCAUGGUGGUGGUGGGCAUUCAGAGGCUUCAUAGAUGCAGGGGGGCGAGGGAUGUGCCCAUUGGCAACCUGUUGGCAUUAGGGACCUUUCCUUCUCAUCCUGGAAAGUGCAUGGGUUGAGGGUGAAUGAAUAUACAGAGCACCACUUCAGUCUGCUGCCAGAUUAAUCAUUUGCUGGACGUAGCAACUCCACGUUGACCAUGUUCACAGCUUUCUAGUCACACUGAACCAACACUGUUGAAUCUGACUUCCACCCAAGGCCUCAAUUAGGAAGCUGAGCGUUCGCAUGCUUCCCUUGCCCACAAUCCUCCAACAUAUUAUUUAUUACGUUGUUUUCUCCUAACUCCCAUAUCAAAUGAUUGCUUUCAAGAGAAAGAUUUAUUUAAAUUCCUAAGUGAAGUGUCCUUCUACUGAAAACUCUGAUCCUGCUUCUAGCAGAGCUCACUACAGUAACUCAAUAGCUCCUUGCUUUCUUUUCCCUAAUUCUUAAAUGUUUCCCUUCCUCUUUCCCUUGUGGGAUAGGUGAGGAAAGCAGUUGCCUCCGCUGCUCAUUGCAUCACCCACACCCCUCCCCAAAAUAGAUGGCUAUUCUUAUAAUUUUGAAUCCCAGCCCAGUUGGUGGUUCCUGGAUUUCAGGCACUGAAUAUGAGUUCAGCCCUUCUAAAUCAAUCACUCUGGAAAAAUAUUUCUGUCAAAAGGAAAUAUUUUCUUGGCAUUAAGGACUUCCUGGUUAUUAUUAUUAUUUUAAGAUUCAGUGUGUAUUGUGUGAGAAGUGAACACUGGCAUAAAUGGAUUUAAUAUGUAGAAAAAUAUUAAGCCAUCAGUAGUGCCUUUCCUUCUGGGACAACUUUACCUUAAGGUAGAGUGCAACUGUUGCUUCAGGCCGCAGAUUGGGAAUGCAAAUUUAGGGAUGGAUGAAUCUAUCAAUUUUGGUUUCUCUUAGUUUUUCACUUGGCCAGUUUUAAACUUAGUUGUCCACAUUCCCAUAUUAGUUUGCAUUUUGGUUUUUGUUUGUUUGUUUGUUUUGGUUUUUGUUUAUUAUUAUUAUUAUUUAUUAUUAUUAUUAUUAUUAUUAUUAUUAUUAUUAUUAUUAUUUACUGAAUUUAUAUACCGCCCUAUACCCGCAGGUCUCAGGAUGGUCCUCAAGAAAAUUCACCAGCAUUUCAGUUCAAAUUUAUCCCAAUGCAGUGGUACCUCGGUUUAAGAACAGCCCUGUUUACAAACGAUUACGAACUUCGCAAAUCCGGAAGUAGUAUCCCAGUUUGUGAACUUUACCUCAGUCUAAGAACAGAAGCCAAACAGUGGAAGGGCACCAGCAGCAGGAGGCCUCAUUAGGGAAAGUGCACCUCGGUUGAAGAACAGUUUCAGUUUAAGAACAGACUUCCGGAACGGAUUAAGUUCGUAAACUGAGGUACCACUGUAUACAUGUUUUUGUAUACAAAUGGAUCCUGAGGCAACUUACAAUCAAUCAAUAGUAACAACAUGAUAAAACGUAAUGGAACAUCACAAAUGCAGCAAAAAUCAUGUAGAACAAUUAACAAAUCAUCAGUGAAACAAUUAUGAUCUAUAAAACACUGUCAACAAAGCGACAACUAAAAAUUAAGCUAAACAUCACAUUUAAAGCAAAAGUCCUGUUAUAUAUUUAACAAAUCAAUAUAGCAUUUAUAAUCUAUAAAACAAUGUUAACAACAUUAACAAAAUAGCAAAAAACUAAGCACUGUUAAGUUCAUGCACACACUGCCCACAUACCCUAUGACUCAUAAUCUUUCACUGUAUUCAGCUCAUUAAAGUACCCAUAAUGCCCGUGGCAGCAACUUGCUUCCAAGUUAUAACAGUAAUUCAGAAUACCAAAGAAUACCCCUCCCCAAUUCUCCAGCUGUGAAGGGAAGAUUCUUUUUCAUCCAUAGCCUUCAGGACACAUGGAUCCUAUAUGAAGGAUCAUACACACAUGGAUCCUAUUUGCUGCUGCUACCCAGACCUAACCUCCAUGACUUGACUAUAACUUCUGCAUGGCAGCCUAAACCCCAGUGCAUGCUGGUUAGGAGCACAUGCCUCAUCUUUUUUGAAGAUUCCAUGUCCAGAGCCUACAUGCAUUAGUGUCUGCGGGUACAUUUUGGCCCAGUUUGACCAUUCUGCAUCGGACUAUAUUGUUAUUAGAAGAGAAUAGCGUGGAACUCUAUAGUCCCUUGGCUCAAAUGGAAUCAUAGAAUCAUAGAGUUGGAAAUGACCCAAUGGUCGUCUAGUCCAAACCCCUGCAAUGCCAGAAUCUCAACUCAAGCAUCCCUUAAAGAUGGCCAUCUAACCACUGCUUAAAAACCUCCAAGCAAGGAGAGUCCACAACCUCCCGAGAGAGACUGUUCCACUGUCAAACAGCUCUUACUGUCAAAAAGCUGUUCCGUAUCUUAUUCAGAAUCUCCUUUCUUGUUACUCGAAGCCAUUGGUUUGAGUCCUACCCUCCAGUAGAGGCCAGGACUCGAACCAAUGUAAAUAUUUUAACAAAUAAAAUUAGAAAUAACUUCAGCUGGGUUUUCAUUUCAUUGCAGUAGGCCUUUUUUUUCUCCAAAAUGCAAAGCUGAAAAUGAAAUGUUUAGCAAGGCGUGAUGAAAAAGCACAGGUUCCGGGGGCUGUUUAGCAGUGCUGGAAGUAUCCUUGACGUAUGUCAUGCUGGAAGGGGAGCAGGACAAAAGAGAGAUUAGGCGCUGCUAAAAACCGGACAAAUUGUUACAUUGAGGGCGGGGAGAGAGAAUUAAAGGGGUGUUUGAAAAUGUGACGCACUAUUGUGGACAGUCUGUUUGGAUGGAUACAGGUGGCAGCAGACACAUCCUGCCCAUAUCACUAUAUAAACAGUGUAUCUGGAAGGAACUCUGCCUUCAAACAAUCAAAUGACAAUAAAAUGGGUGUUGCUGUGGCUCGGAAAACAAUUUCUGAGGAAAGAUAAUGGAAGGAGAAUGACAUCUUUUUUAAAAAAAGAAAAAGAAAAAGAAGAAGAGCAAAUAAUUUGCGUCACCCAUCCUUUGCUCCAGAUCAGUUCCCAUGCAGGAGUUUUCUCCUGCCCCAGAGGGUAAGACCCAAACCAAUGGAUUCAAGUUAUAAGGAGAUUUUGAUAUCAGGAGUAACUUUCUGAGGGUAAGAGCUAGAGCUGGGCAAUGGCUGGACUUCAACAUCACAAUAUAUCACUAGCUAAAUAUUGCGAUAUGAAAAGAUAUUCCAAUGUCUAAAUAAGGAUGGAGCUAUGUAGAGACAUUGGCUGGCUUCACUGUUCUUCCUGCAUCGUGAUUUUUGACGGUGCCUGCUCUUGUGAUUUGCUGCCCCCUAAGUGAGGAGGAGAGCUAAGCCAGCAGCGUUUAACAGGUGCUGCAGGAAUCGAGAGAAGCAUUGGCUGGCUUCACAGUUUCCCCCACAUUGUGAUUUUUGCAUAACACACACUGUCACACAUCAUAAUUCACAAUAUAUUGCCAGGUAUCACGAUAUGGACUUCGGACAGGUUUUGAAUGAUAUAUUGAUAUAUUGCCUUGCCCUAGUCUUCUUCUUUCUUCUUUGGCGAUCACUCGUACCUGAGUAAGAUUAUCUUCCAUAAACACGGUUUUAACAAUGAGUCCGUAAGUGACUGUGGAGGCCAAUUCUGGACCCACACGUCCUUCCACAGUGGGGACAUUGGUUUCCGGGCAGAAGUUGAUCACGGUGUGGAUUUGCCAAGCGUGCCUCCCUCUUAGCCCGUUUCUCCCUUGUGUCAUGAGUUCGAGUGUCUUCAAAGCCCAUGACACCUUUGGUAAAGGCUGUUCUUCAAUUGGAGUGCUCGUAGACAAGUGUUUCCCAAUUGUUGGUGUGGGUGGCGCUGUGGGUUAAACCACAGAGCCUAGGACUUGCCGAUCAGAAGGUUGGUGGUUCGAAUCCCCGUGACGGGGUGAACUCCCGUUGCUUGGUCCCUGCUCCUGCCAACCUAGCAGUUCGAAAGCACGGCAGAGUGCAAGUAGAUAAAUAGGUACCACUCCGGUGGGAAAGUAAACGGCGUUUCCGUGUGCUGCUCUGGUUCACCAGAAGCAGCUUGGUCAUGUUGGCCACAUGACCCAGAAGCUGUACGCCGGCUCCCUCGGCCAAUAAAGCGAGAUGAGUGCCGCAACCCCAGAGUCGGCCAUGACUGGACCUAAUGGUCAGGGGUCCCUUUACCCUUACCUAUACUGCCUUGAGACAGUCUUUAAACUUCUUUUGUUGUUCACCAGCAUUACGCUUCCCAUUCCUUAGUUGGGAAUAGAGUAGUUGCUUUGGAAGAUGAUAAUCAGGCAUCCCCACAACAUGACUAGACCAACAAAAUUGAUGUUGAAGAACCAUUGAUUCAACACUAGCCCUAGUAAGAGCUGCUUGGCAGUGGGAUUGACUCCCUUGGAAAGUGAUGGGUUCCUCUUCCUUGGAGGUUUUUAUGCAGAGGUUGGAUGGUCAUCUGUCAUGGGUGCUUUAGUUGAAAUUGGACUAGAUAACCCUCAGACGUCCUUCCCAGCUUUGCAACUCUGAAAUUCUAUGACUGUUAAAAACUUACUUCAAAUCCAAGUCUAAUAUAUUAUCCAACUGUCAUUAUGAAAUACCUGCAAAGCUCAAACAUAUCUAUCCAUAAACAAAAAAUAUUCGCAUCCAAGUAACUCCAAAUAUACAAAAUAAAUUAAAAUGAAGUCUUAACAUUUAGAUUAAGGUUCUGUUUUGUAUGGAAGGCUGCAAUCCUAUACAUGCUUACCUGAAAGUAAUCCCAACUGAACACAAUGGGGAUUGCAUAGAGAUGCAUAGGAUUGUGCUGUUAAUCAUAAUUUAUGAGGGGAAAUGCAUGUAAAAAUUUGAAACGACUGAUUGCUUUUUUUGCAGUCAAACCGUAUUAGCAAAAUGGGGGAACGUGGCCACUGAGUAAACAGUCGGAGCAUUUAUUGACCAGUAAAGAUGUCAGUUUUUCAUAAAUUGGAAGAUAAUUAAAAGAAUCAUUUCUAGAAUGAAGGAACAGGCCUUUCUUAACAUCUCACAAGUGCUGAGAAAGCAAAGCCUGUGAAGCCUUUUUGCUUUGAAUUCACUUAGCUCUUACAGUAAUACUGUAGUUAAUGAUUUCUGGAAAGUGGAUCCCUGUUUGAAUGAAUAUGUUUUUGCUCUAAACAUUGAGAAAUCACAGGUAUGUAUUGCAAGCAGUGGGUGAGCCAACUAAGUCUGCCAAAAAUAGCUCUUUAGUGAGUAAUGCGAAGGAAAGGAGACCCUUUCUUCCCUCCAAAGCUGGAAACGUUCGUGUAUAUGUCUUACUCACUGACAUAUUUAGCAUGCAAAUUAUAGUAGUCCCUUUUUACACUUUGCAUUUCAUUUGAUAAAUGCCAUACAUUAUGCACUUUGUAGUAACUUCCUAAAUUUAGUUCCCAAGAAUAAUUCUCAUUGAGAUUGCAACAAAGAAAUGUGAAUGUUUAAGUGGUGUAUAAAUAAAUGAAAAGAAUAAUAAAAAAUAAAUAAAACAGCAAACAACAACAACAACAAUUUAUUUAUACCCCGCCCAUCUGGCUGGGUUUCUCAGUUUCCAGCAGAAUAUUAAAAUACAAUAAUUCAUCAAAUAUUAAAAGCUUCCCUAAACAGAGUUGCCUUCAGAUGUCUUCUAAAAGUCAGGUGGUUGUUUAUUUCUUUCACAUCUGAUGGGAGGGCGUUCCACAGGGCGGGUGCCACUACUGAGAAGAUCCUCUGCCUGGUUCCCUGUAACUUCACUUCUCUCAGGGAGAGAACCGCCAGAAGGCCCUCAGUGCUAGACCAGGCUCCUUCAGGUAUACUGGGCCAAGGCCGUUUAGGGCUUUAAAGGUCAGCACCAACACUUUGAAUUGUGCUCGGAAACAUACUGAGAGCCAGUGUAGAUCCUUGAGUACCAGUGUUAUGUGGUCUCGGCGGCUGCUCCCAGUCACCAGUCUAGCUGCCCCAUUCUGGAUUAGUUGUAGUUUUUUGGUCACCUUCAAAGGUAGCCAAAACGUAGAGCAAACAUUUAAAUAUGAAAAAAAAAUCCUUGGAAGUUAAUCUGAGCUAUAACCUAUAAGUUCAGACAGUAUUUAAUCAUAAUUCCUAACUUUAUUUCAUUCCAGCACCCCUGAGAAGAGUGGGUGACAUAGGAGCCAACUCCUAGUGACUGAGAUCCAUCUGGCCUCCCCAAUAAAAUAUUUGAGGGGGCCUCCCCCUGCAGGUUGAUGGACAUUGCCAUUCAAAUGGUGUGUGUGCACUGCUUCUUGUGAUCAGUUAUGCGGGGUGGGGCUUACCAGCCCCCCCCCAUAUUUUAUUCAAGUUGCAUACCCUCCAACAUUUCUCUGAUGAAAAUUGGGACGUCCUAUUCCAUAAUAAUAGCAAUAAUAAUUUUAUUAUUAUUACCACAUCUAUCUGACUGGGUUGCCCCAGCCCUUCUGGGCAGCUCCCAACAUAUAUAAAAACAUAAUAAAACAUUAAAUGUUAAAAAGCUUCCCUAUACAGGGUUGCCUUCAGAAGUCUUCUAAUGGUUGCAUAGGUACUUAUCUUCUUGGAUCAGGGGCCACAUAACUCCAUGCCCUCCAACAUUUCUCCAAUGAAAAUAGGGACAGCCUAAGGAAAACUGGGACAUUCUGGGAUCAAAUCAGAAAACUGGGAUCAAAUCAGAAACCGGGAUGGCCUUUGUAAAUCCAGAACUGUCCCUGGAAAAUGGGGACACUUGGAUUUCCAUAGGUCUCCAGACCCUGCCUCUCCAAUUCAUUUGUAUCGCUCACAGUGGAUCACAACAAUUACACACAACACAAGCCUAUAGACAAAAUAAAACAUCAUAAAAGCAGAAACAGGAACAGCAGAUAAAACCAUGGUCUGUAGUUAUAGUCUCUGCAAAUGGAAAAGAAAAAUACAUUUUUGCCAUAUCAGUAAAGAAUUCCAUAGGACACAUAAACCACUUUCAACAUUUCUAUUGCUUCUGCAUAUCGUACUGAAUUUUAAGUGAGUGGCCAAGGCAGCAAAAAGUUUCGAUUCUUUACUCUUUGCCUCCCACCGUUAAAAAAUUUGGAUAUUUCCCUCUCACUGUUACACACUUCAUUGUUGAUAAUUGAUUAAGAGUGGGUGAGGAUAUUAGUGGAUAUCGACUAAAACACUUACCAGUUUUUCAAAGAGAGUUGAAGGAAAGGGUAGAUUUUCUCGAUAAUCCUUUUAAAAUUAAAAUACAACACGGGUACAUUAUGGUUAAGGGACAUUAAGGGUUUUACUGAAACUAGUUCAAGCUGGGCAAUUGGAAGAGCAGCUGCAACUGGGAAGUUAACUUCCUUCAGAAAAUGUGCAUAUUGCCACCAUUGCUGGAGGAAACCCGAAAGGUGGAAAGGUCAUUUUUGUCCUGAUAACAUCACGUUUUUUCAAUGAUUAUGGAAGUAUGCUGCUGAUUUAGACCAGUGUUCCCCAAAUUUCUGGUGGCUGAGGCUAUAUACACAUACAUACAUGCCCACACUAUGGAGAAGGAUCGGUGACUUUUGGUUUUCUCACUCUGUCAUUUUUCUAAUCUUAAAUUCAGUUAUCGACAUUUAUCAGAAUGUGGCUUUCAAAAACGGAAAAAAAUCCUUAUGGGAUUUCCACCAGCAUUCUGAAAAUUAACCAGCAUUUUAGUAUGAAUUUAUCCUAAUAAAUACAUUUUAUAUGCAGUUUUGACUGAUGUACACAUUUUUGCAAGCAAUUCCCCCUAAUAUAAUGAAUUUUUGUAACCAUUGAAAGCUACAUCGCAAAAUUCAGCUAGAUGCGAAUUUCAACAGUUAGCUGUGGUUGUGUUUGCAUGUUCUUCCCCAGAAAGUGCAAAUUUGAUAGAUUUGACUUCAAAUGUGUUCUGAAUCAAGUUUCUCCUCCAUUUCUAACACACACACACAAACAUGCAUAUUUGAAUUAUAGGCUGAAUUAAUUCUUAAACCCCAAAGGAUUGAAAAGAGGCAGCCUUCUUCCAGAGCAGUUCCAGAGAAGUAGCUUUGUGAGUUUGUUGUUGCAAAGAGUUGUGUGGCUCCAUAGACUACCAAAUUUAUAAUGACACAGGGCUUUGUGGCCCAAACCCCAUGAAAUCUGCUGUAUGUAUCCAAUGAAGCAGACUGAACGCCAUAGAAGCUAAUCCCACAAUUAAUUUAGUAGGGUUUUUCCAUGCUGGUAUCCAUUGCAGGAUUCACACUCCUUUAUUUUUAAAUAGCAUCCAUACACCAUAUCUAUCAAAAUUCUAUCAAAAUUCCAGACCAUCAUUCCCCCCAUUUAUUCCAUAUUUACCCUUUCCACAGGAAAAAAAAAAUCUGAUUAGUUUUAAAAUCCUAUUGCCAAGGACCCAUUUGCAAUAUCUGAAAGACCCAUUUAUAACAUUAUGGUUUUUUCCCCUGGAAGCCCCCUAUAGAUUUAAGGUGCCACAGGAGUCUUUCUUGAUUUACCCCCAGAGCAGUGAUUCAUGCUUAGGUUCCUGCUGUCCCUGUUAUUUAGGGCCAGUUCUAGUUUUGUGGUAUCUGUCCCGAUGAAUCAGUCUCCCUGUUUCAUCUCUAUUUUUAGAGGGGUGCAAGGCCUCAAGAUUUGCCUUGUAUCUGUUAAAAAGAAAGAAAGUAAAGAUCUGUUUCUGAGCCUCUCUGUGCUAUGUCUGCUUUGUUCUGUGUUUCAGGUUCUCAGCUGCUGUGCGUAAAGACAAAACUCUGGUCCCUUUUCAGUAUAAUGGGGAAUCUAAAAAAGUCUGUUAACUAUUGAGGAAGGUGGAAUGAAAUAUAUAUGAAUAAACAAAAGCCCUUCCUGUAUAACUGCAAAAAACAAGUAGGUUCAGGGGUUUUGUGGGAAGAAGUAAAGGGAUUUUCUCCCCUCUAUAAUCCAUGAAGAGGGUUGGAGAGAGGGCCUGUCUCUUGUUGUUCCUUACCUUAAAAUAAUGAUGAGGUUGCCCAGUGAUAUGCACAGCCAUUAUGUGAAUAGCUAGGUUGACCAGGUGCUCUGUCUUACAGAGGACUGCUCUCUAGCUGAAGGGGUCCACCAGACUGAUUGAUUGUAUUUUUUUGUGCUGCUUUCCAUUCAAAUGAACCCCAAAGCAGCUUACAACCAAUAAAUAACAAUAACAUAAUAGAACAUCACGAGUACAGCAUGAAGCAUGUGAUAUAAUUAACACGUCAUCAGUAAGAUGGUUGCAAUCUAUGAAAUACUAUUAACGAACCAGCAACAAAGAUAUUAGCUGAACAUCACGAAUGCGGCAUAAGUCAUUUAACGAUGAACAGACCAAUAAGGCAUUUAUAAACUAUAAAACAGUGUUAACAAAACAGCAACUAAAAAAAUAAGGCAGCACAACCGGUUCUCCCACACUGGGCGCUGGGCAGAGAUAGUCCUGGGAAGUACUUUCCCAUCUACAGGAAGGAGGCAUAAGGGCUCUGACAGGGUCCUAGAGUCCUUCUGUCUCCUUUCCAAAGCCUAGUUAGUGCUUGCCCAGCUUUGGGAAUGAGGUAGGAGGGCUCUAGGACCCUGCUGAGCCCUCAUGCCUCCUUCUUGAAGCCUGGUACGGCACGAGGGCUGGGGGGCUCGCCAAAUUUUGGUUUAGCUCAGGGCACCAUAGUUCCAAAGUCCACCCCAGUAUCAAAACGCUUAGGUGGACCUCAGGUUUUGCAGAAGUACAAAAAAACCCACAACUGUUAUAUUUUAAUGCUGUAUGCAGUGUUAGACUUGUUUUAGAGAGGGGGUAUUCCACAGUGGAGUCAAAACCUUGAGGAACAUCUAAAAAACAAUAGAGAAAGGCUGAGACCUUUUCUUUAUGGUGCACAUAAACACUGAGAGCCAGUGUGGUGUAGUGGUUAAGAGCGGUAGACUUGUAAUCUGGUGAACUGGGUUCGUGUCUCCGCUCCUCCACAUGCAGCUGCUGGGUGACCUUGGGCUAGUCACACUUCUCUGAAGUCUCUCAGCCCCACUCACCUCACAGAGUGUUUGUUGUGGGGGAGGAAGGGAAAGGAGAAUGUUAGCCUCUUGAGACUCCUUAGGGUAGUGAUAAAGUGGGAUAUCAAAUCCAAACUCCUCCUCCUCCUCCUCCUCCUCCUCCUCCUCCUCCUCCUCUUCUUCUUCUUCUUCUUCUUCAUGGUAGGAAGCCAGUUGUCUACUCAAGUCACCUCUGCCAGAUCAGAUGCAUAUGUGCAUCUUUGGCCCCAAAUAUGAGCUCUAUGGGUAUGCCCUUAGUAUAAAAUUCUCCCUAUUGGCCGUGUUCACAUUUCAGCAAAGAAUGAGUCUUAGUCUUGUUGUUCAGGAACAAGCCACCCAUAGGAAUGAGCAUGAAUGAGUCACCUCAUUCGAUAGCAAUUUGGAAUGUUUACCAAUUGUUGCCCGGGAUAAUUUGCUGCCUAUAAGUAUAUAUGGUACACAUUUUACAGUGAACUGUAGGAGGCAUAUAUGAAUGCCUUAAUUGAAUAACUGGUGCAAUUAACUGAUCAAUGGCUUAAGUGUAUAAUAAGUAUAUAUGGUACAUUUGGAGCAUACCGUGACAGGCAUGAAUGCCUUAAUUGAAUAGCUAGUGCAAUUAACUGAUCAAUGGCUUAAGUGCAUAUUAAGUAUAGAGGUGUGUUAAUCAAAGAGUCCCAGUUCCUGGAUGUUCCUGUUCCUCCACUUUCCUAAUUCCGCUCUUUACACACCAGUAACCAUUAUACACAUAGUAAUGCACCUAUUAAAUCAGCGGAGGUGGAGAGCGGAGAACAGAGAACAGAGAAGGCAUUUGUUUGCUUUUAGCUAGAACAUUAAAGAAACUGAAUGUUGCAGGCUGUCUUUUUCUUUCUGUAGAAGAAGGAGGCAGCUGGAGCAGGAGGACAGGAGGUACCUUCACUGUGUGGAGUGGCAGAGGUUCUCCGGACAAUAAAGGCCUUUGUUUCUGGCAGUGUACAGUCAUACCUUGAAAGUCGAAUGGAAUCCGUUCCAGAAGUCCGUUCGACUUCCAAAACGUUUGGACACCAAAGCACAGCUUCUGAAUGGCUGCAGGAAGCUCCUGCAGCCAAUUGGAAGCUGUGGAAGCACCGUCAAACAUUCGGCUUCCAAAAAUAGUUUGCAAACCGGAACAGUCACAGAACACCAAAAUGUUCGAGAACUAAGCUGUUCAAAAACCAAGGUGUGACUGUAUUGAGAUUCUGCAGCAGAGCUUUGUGGUGCUUACAACUUACCUUCCCAAUUAACUUGGAACAGCUAAAGCAAAAACUCAAAUUGCAAGCCAAUCUGAUUGAGGAUGGUGUGAAGGAUGUAUAAAAGGGGAGACCAAAGGCCAAUUGUGGUACAGUAAAAAAUAAACAACCUACUGACCCCCUGGCACAACUGCCCUAAGGAUAGGAGGGUUAGGUAGUGAAGGAAAUGAAGAAGUCCUUGAGGGAAAGGACACAAUGCCUUGUAUACAACACACCAGUUCUCCAAACAAUUGGCCCAGGUUGGCCAUGUGAUUCCACUCAUACCCUCCCCUCAAGAUGAAGUCUCAUGAGGCUUCCACCGUCAUCAGACAUGCCCCCAUCAGAAGGAUGACAAUGUCUUAGGGCUACAGUAUGUUUCAGAUGGGGCCUAAACACAACCUGCCACCUGCCCAGCACAGUCAGUCUCCAACAUUCCUCAAAUAAAAAUGGGGACAUUUCUCACUCCUCACUCCAAGUGACACUCCUUAACUCCCCAUUUUUGUAUCCCACACCCACAGAGCAUUUCCUAUCAGCAGAAGGGUGAGUGCCCCCACCGCGCCAACAGAACACACCCACCCUAUGCUGUCCUGAGAAAACCCCUUAAUUCUGAUUUUAUUUAAUGAUGAUGAUGAUGAUGAAAUAAUAAUAAUAAUUUUAUUACUUAUACCCCACCCAUCUGGCUGGGUUUCACCAGCUACUCUGGGCGCCUCCCAACAAAAUAUUAAAAACAUGAUAAAACAUCGAACAUUAAAAGCUUCCCUAAACAGGGCUGCCUUCAGAUGUCUUUUAAAAGUCACAUAGUUUUUUAUUUCCUUGAAUCUGAUGGGAGGGUGUUUCACAGGGUGGGCGCCACUACCGAGAAGGCCCUCUGCCUGGUUCCCUGCAACCUCACUUCUCGCAGUGAGGGAACCCCCAGAAGGCCCUCAGAGCUGGACUUCAGUGUCCGGGCUGAAUUACGGGGGUGGAGACGCUCCUUCAGGUAUACUGGGCCGAGGCCAUUUAUUAUUCGGUAAAUUCACAAAAAGAAAAGUAAAUUUUGGAAAGUGGCAAGAUUAGCCAUGGAUGCAGAAAACAUUUUUAAAAAUAAAAUAAGAAAAUCAUCAUCAUCAACAACAACAAUAACAAUUUAUUAUUUAUACCCCACCCAUCUGGCUGGGUUUCCCCAGUCACUCUGGGCUUCCAACAAAAUAUUAAAAUACAAUAGUCUGCCAAAUAUUAAAAGCUUCCCUAAACAGACUCCCUGUGCUCCACUCUGCUCUCCCUUUAUUCCUGUCCAGGGCGCGCCUGCCCUCUGACUGCCCCUCAGAGCAAGCACAUCAUGCGGGGCUGGGCCAUGGAAGCUGCAGCCUGUCCUGCCCGUUGCCCGCUCUCCAGCAGCCACCACAAGCUGCUCAAGGGUGGAGGCUGGCAGCGGCAGCCAUGGAGAGGCCAUAGAUAGGCAAAGAGCUACUCACUCGCAGCUGCCCAGCUUCAUCUACUGACACUUUGGACAAGUGCCAGCUCAUCUUCCGCCCCGAGCUCAGCAGCGACGGCACUGGCAGGGGAAAUAGGGACUUUCCAGGACCAAAUCAGAAGCCAGGAUGGCUUUCAUAAUUCCGGGAAAGUCCCUGGAAAACUGAGACACUUGGAGGGCAUGUUAACGUCUGCUGCCUCCUCCCACUUUGUAUCUUAAGACUUGUACAGAAUCCACGACUUCAGCUUCAGCCGGCUUCUUCUCUCCUUAUCCUGUCCGCCUGCUUUUUCUUUUCUUUUCAGAGUUCUCAAAAACACGGAAGCUUGUGCACUAUUUUGUGUCAUUUUAGUUGGCCUAAAAGAUGAGGUAGCAGCUGGUUUUAGUUUGGCUGAAUCAGGAUUAGUCAAUGGGGCUGUAUUCACGAUGCCCUCCACCCCAUGGCGUUACGGUACUAAAUGCCCCUGAAACAUCCCCUGCACCAGGAACUCGGAAAAUGUUUAGCACGUUUUCAGUUGUCUGAAGUUUCGCUAUGUAGCGCUUAGUAAAGUCGUUGGGGGUGAUGAUCCCAGCUCCAUGAAAUAAAGUCAGACAGCAACUCACGCGUACACACAGCUGCACAUAUUGCACGAACCUGUUAAGGAUUUUACCUUUUUAAGAAAUGACAAAAUAAUUACAGGACAGCAUGUCCUUCAUGAGUAAAAGCAGCCAAGCUAAAGUGCUUUCAAGGCUGGAAUGGCCUACUUCUCCACUGGCAAGCUGCAUAAAUCAUAAAGUGUUAGGGGACUGAUUCAUACAGUAGGGGAUCUGAAAGCAUGCAGCCUAUGUUUGUGGCUCUUUCUGUGUAUUGUACUAAUGCAUAAAAAUGAGCAGUGUUGAGCUAAAGAGAACAUUUGCAGAAAAGUGAAUCCAUUAAACUGGAUAGUUGUUGGCCAUGUUGAAAAUGAUUCUUUCCCCUUCUUAUUUUUUUAAAAUGAUUAUACAAUUUCUAAUUUGUCCACUGUUGUAUCUGCUUGCAGACCCUCCAAGUGACCCUGUUAUCCAGGGACAGUCCUAGAUUUACAGAAGUUGUCUUGGUUUCUGAUCUGAUCCCAGAAUGUCACAUUUUUCCUUAGGAGGUACCUAUUUUCAUCAGAGAAAUGUUGGAGGGUAUGGAGUUAGGCAACUCCCGAGCCAAGGAGAUAAGUAACUAUACAACCUUUAGAAGACAUUCAAAGGCAACCCUGUACAGGGAGGUUUUUUAAUGUUUUAUUAUGUUUUUAUUUAUGUUGGAAGCUACCCAGAGUGUGGGGACAGCCCAGUCAGAUGGCGAAGAUAUGAAUAAUAAAGUUGUUGCUGUUGUUGAAUAGGACAUCCCUAUUUUCAUCAGAGAAAUGUUGGAGGGUAUCUGCUUGCCAGAACAGUGUAUCUGCCCCAACAAAGAUUUGAGAUGGUUCACCAACUCAAGGCCUGUUUCAGAAGUUACUUCUGAAACAGUGUGAGAGUAAAACUUGAUGCCUCACCCCUACCCCAAGAGUACCCCAUAGAGGCAAUAGUAGUCCAUUAGUGGUAGAUUUAUACUGGACAAUCCACACAUCAUUCUGCUUUAUUGGCUGUUCUGCAAUGCUUCCCCGAUGCUAUAGCAUUAGGUAAAGGUAAAAGGUAAAGGACCCCGGGAUGGUUAAGUCCAGUCAAAGGUGACUAUGGGUGCGGUGGUCCUCUCGCUUUUCAGACCGAGGAAGCCUGUUUUUGUCCACAAGACAGCUUUCUGGGUCAUGUGGCCAGCAUGACUAAACCGCUACUAGUGCACAGAGGACCAUGACGAGUGCCAGAAUGCACGGAAACACCAUUUACCUUCCUAUCACAGUGGUACCUAUUUAUCUACUUGCACUGAUGUGCUUUUGAAGUGCUAGGUUGGCAGGAGCUGGGACAGAGCAACAGGAGCUCACCCCAUUGCGGGGAUUUGAACCGCCGACCUUCUGAUCAGCAAGCCCAAGAGGCUCAGUGGCUUAGACCACAGCGCCACCCGCGUCCCUGUUGUAGCAUUAUUGCUGUCUGAAGCGGUCCUCUUGCUCUAUAGCUCAAGAAAUGUGAGACAAAAAUGAACCCUGGAACAUUACAAGAUUUCAGGAAGUUAUGGGGUAUGAGCUGACUGGAAAUGAAGCACCACGUCUGGACCGAAACUUUUGCAGGUGCAAUUCAAAGCUGGAUUGUGUCUAACUGCCCAGAUAUCUUCAUGGGCAGAAAUCAGCAUAAAUGCACAAUAGGAAGGGCAUCUGGGGCUUUUCUGCACAACCGCCUCCUGUCUCCCCCCCUCCCACCUCUCCUCCUGUCGAUUUCAUGUCUUCACUGCAAGGGGCUCCUGGAUAUGCUGUAGAUUUGGAAAGAAAGCUGGUCAGUUUCACUGUUGCUUUUUUGCUGCCUUUGUAUGCAAAUCUGCAAGCUUGUGAGAGGUCCUCCAUCCAGUAGCAUCUUCUCUAUGUGAGUUGCAUGCACACAGGAUUGCAGGUCCAUCUGUCGAUACAGCUUUUUCUUUUUUCUUUUUUGCAAAGGAGGGGUGUUAUUUGUCCAAUGAAAAUUAGUUCAGAAAUAAUAAUAAUAAUAAUAACAACAACAACAACAACAACAACAACAACAACAACAACAAUUUAUACCCCACCUAUCUGGCUGGGUUUCCCCUGCCAGUCUGGGUGGCUUCCAACAAAAUAUUAAAAAUACAAUAAAACAUUAAAAACUUCCCUAAACAGGGCUGCCUUCAGAUAUCUUCAAAACAUGUGAACCUAAGGAUCUGAGAUACUUCUUCACACCAGUGGGAGUAAAUAAAAACUAGCAGAUUACUUCAGCAUUCACACACCCACACACCCACACCCACACACUACACCACGCACACUACACCCCGGGGGGGGGGGGAAUCUAUAUGUUUAUAAAUGAAGCUAUUUACAUGUCUUUGAGUCAACUUCUGUUUCUAUGGGUUGUCUUUCUUGGACAGCAGUUGAAUCUCUAUGGUGCUAACCAGAGCUUUUUUUCCUAGAAAAAUAGGUACCAGUACUCACCAUGAAGUUGUUACAUUAAGUGCCACACUUUUCAACAACAAAAGAAAGAGGUGCUGGGACUGCAUGCCCUUGAGUAAUGUAAAGGGACCCCUGACCAUUAGGUCCAGUCGUGGCCGACUCUGGGGUUGUGGCGCUCAUCUCGUUUUACUGGCCGAGGGAGCCGGCGUAGAGCUUCCGGGUCAUGUGGCCAGCAUGACUAAGCCACUUCUGGCGAACCAGAGCAGUGCAUGGAAACACCGUUUACCUUCCUGCUGGAGCGGUACCUAUUUAUCUACUUGCACUUUGACACGCUUUCAAACUGCUAGGUUGGCAGGAGCAGGGACUGAACAACGGGAGCUCACCCCGUCGCGGGGAUUCAAACUGCCAACGUUCUGAUCGGCAAGUCCUAGGCUCUGUGGUUUAACCCACAGUGCCCACAGUGCCACCCGCAUCCCUGCCCUUGAGUACCCCCCCCCAAAAAAGCACUGGUGCUGACUGAGGCACUAAGAUUUACCUGUUACUGUCCCAUUGGCUUUCAGGACUUAUUCCCUCGGACAAGGCAUUUUUUCUCCCUUUGGGAAGAGGGCGUGCUAUCAAACACUAACGAAACCCUUGGAGGCUUUUAAAAUCAUCCACAGGAACACUCAAAAAUCCCGUUUUAUUUUUGAGGAAAUCAGGAGGGAGCAAGCAGUGACCCUCAUAUACCGUAGCUGAGCUGCUUCAUUCAUGUGCAGGUCAAAAUGGGUUUAUAAUCACUGCCUUUCCCAUUUUCUUGAAUUGGGCGGGGGGUGUGUGUGUGGAAUCUGAAACAUUCUAUAAAAUAAAGAUCCAAGAUCCAGUAAAUUAUGUAAAAGAAACAUCCAAAAUCCAUAACAUUAUAUUAAAAUAAAAAUCCAAAAUCCAGAACACCACAUAAAAUAAAGAUCUUGGGCAGUGGUUCACUACAAGAUAUAACUUCUCCCUCUUUGCAAGUUGUGUGCACAUGCCUAUUGUCACAGCAAUUUCAGUGUUUCUGAUCCUUUUGCAGGAGUGCCUUGGCACCUCCUGGUACCUUCUUUGCAUCGAUGUGAUUAAAUAGUGGAGUGUGCAGAGUACACACAUACUAUGUUGGUGAAAGUCGAGUUGCGAGCGGGGGGGAGGGAGGGAGAGGGAAACUUGGCUUCUUUGUCAAGAGUUCACUGAAAACAUCUGUUCAAUCACGGAGAGGCCAAAAAGGCAAGAACAAUUUGAGAAAGGGGGAAAUAAAGCAGUACAGAAGUUAACACAAUGCCAGCAUACUGUUAAUCCUUCAGGCACUAGGAAGAUGAAGAAAUUGCUGGAGUUUGGGCAGCUCCAUUACCAGAGAUACCGUGCCGUUAAAUAUAGGGCAGAGCCGACUGAGGAAAAAGGGGCUUGUCGUUUAUCCUUUUGUAUAGCCUGAACCAACACUUGCCUCCUCCAAUUGCUACUGCAAGACAGAAAUUGGGGCUUUGGCCAUACCCACUGGAAGGUGAAAAGACAACAGUUAUCUUUUCCCACUGGCCAUACUGGGCCAUAUUCAAAGUUUUGGUACUGACGUCUAAUGCACUAUGCAGCUCGGGACCUGAAUAUUUCAGAAGCCUCUUUAAUCCCUUAUAUACCCAUUAGAUAGGAACUGGAGAGAAUUUUGAUUCCGUUUAAAGUCGAAUCUACCUAAUUUGCUCUUUCCCAAACUAUAUGGGAACUGAAACACGGCCACAAAAUUGGCACUUGCCCUGAAUUUGCAGUGCAGAUCUCCAGCCAAGUAAUGUGUACAAAAAUGCAUAUGGUGGGGUACAUUUUGCAUAAAAAUGCCAUGUAUUAGUGGAAACGGAAUGAAAAAAUGCAUUAUAUUAAGAGAAAUUGUUUUGCAAAAAGUGUUUGUGGCGGGCAAAAUUGCACGCAAGAAUUCAUCUAUAAGAGAAAAUUGCACUACGUUGCUGAUGAAUUUUCAUGAUGAUGAUUACCCUUAUUAUUUUUAAAUCACUAACCAAUGUGGAGAAUUGAAAAAAUUGGGGGGGAAUGAGAGAAACAGUAAUUGAUGGGUAAGCCCACCCCUACCAGAAGGUCACUGUGUUCUGCAGGACAGUUUCUCCUUGAAGCUGCUACAAUAUCGGAAGCCUGCUGUGCAGUAAAACUUGGAGCAUGGCUUUCUGUGUGGAACAGCAUCCCUGCUGAGGUGUGACAGGCGCCCGACGAAAUGUACUUUCUGAAAACAAUUGGAGGCAUUUUGGGUUUGACAACCUUUCCCAACUCUGUGGAAAGGUAUCUUUUCCUUAGGUGUUUGUUCUGUGAUGAUGAUGAUGGUAUUCCUGUAUCUCAGUGCUUCACCUGGGUCACAUGACAGAGCUGGGCCAGUAGAGAGACAGCUCUGGCCUUGGCCUUCUUAAGAUCAGGCAGGCUGACUUGCCACUGUACUUGGAACCCAGACCGUUAAGUAGUGGAUAAAUGCCUGGAAAUAUAAUGCAUGACUGAUCUGCGAAGCCCAUUGCUGUGACAUGUUGAGAGCCCCGUUAAGACAAAGGGAUUCUUAAAGGAUUGGGGAAAUGUUGAGUGGAUUGGCACGCCAAAGGUUAUCGCCAAGAUGCUUAGGGAAACAUGCCUGGAGUUUCCUUAAACUUCUGGAAUGCCAGAGUUGGCUAGCAAAAAAUGAAACGGGAUAGAUCGCUCAGUAUUUGUCCUGCGGCUUUUUGAACGUCUCUUCAGGAAACAUUUGGUGCUGGCAACAUGCAGGUCUUCAAAACAGGGUAGUAUGAAAAAUUUGGACAGCAGUCGGAAGAUGCUGUUCCUGGCGACCUUGAAAUUAUUAGCUGUGAGAGAAGAGGAUGGUUUUACUUGUUUUGAGAUGUUUUAAUUGCUUUUAGAGGCUUUCUGUUGUUUUGAAUAUGGUUUUAUUUUACUAUUGAUUGUAUUGUUUUAUCACUGAUGCGUUUGCCAUCCUGGGCUCCUUUGGGUGGAAUAAUAAUAAUAGUAGUAUUAUAGUAGUAAUAGUAGGAAUAAUUAUUACUAGAAUAGUAGUAAUAAUACUCCCAUCCACAUUGGUGGUAUUAUCGUAUGUGUGUGGUUUCGGUAAGGACAAUGAACUGCACAGAUCAUGCCAACUGAGGAAUGACUCUUGUGGGAGUUUUAAACUGGUAAAGAAGAAAGUGCCCGUUGCUCCAAGAUCUGAUUCCUCUAUUUUUAGACUUAACCUCAUCUUUGUGAUUGUCGUUCCGAGAAGACCCAAACUCGAACCUGGCCUUUCCCUUCAUCGUAAAUUUCCUUACGUUUAGGGAAGAUUUAUGUUCUGGCUUGGCAGCAUAGGCUCUCAACCAAUCUUUUUGGACAUUUUAAUUUUUUAAAACCUAACCAAAAGGAUGCACAGCUAAUUAUUGGGGGGAGGGGUUGCUUCCAGCAUCACCAUAGCGUAAGUGGAUAAAAUGGAUAUGAGGAUGACACAGGAUUAAGGCUAAUGUGUGGUCUCUUUCUGCAGUGCCUGGAGGGGGUGGGUUUGGUUGGGGGCAUUUUGCUGUGGACCAAGUGCUUCCUUGGGACUCAGGUUUGGAAGACAAUAUUGGGGAGAUUGUGUUCUUUGCCAAGGCUACUGGUAACAUGGUGUCUCUCAGGGAUCAGUUUUGCCCCUUCCUUCCUAUUGCUUAACAUCUGCUUAAAGCCACUGGAAGAGAGAUAGUUCAGGGAUUUCGAGUGUGUUGUUAUCAAUAUGCUGGUGAUCCACAGCUCUGUUUGUCCUUUUCAUCUUACACAAUGGAAGCAGUCUGUGUCUUGGGUAACUCAUAUGCAUUAGUAAAGCAGUGUUAAGAUUCUUCCAUAAAUACAGUGGUGCCUCGGGUUAAGUACUUAAUUCGUUCCGGACGUCCGUACUUAACCUGAAACUGUUCUUAACCUGAGGCACCACUUUAGCUAAUGGGGCGUCCUGCUGCCGCCGGGCCGCCGGAGCACGAUUUCUGUUCUCAUCCUGAAGCAAAGUUCUUAAUCUGAAGCACUAUUUCUGGGUUAGCGGAGUCUGUAACCUGAAGCGUAUGUAACCUGAAGCGUAUGUAACCCGAGGUACCACUGUAAAUGAAUUGCAUUUUUAUUUCCACCCUUUCUCCAGGGAGCAGAGAUCAGUAUAUAUGUUUCUCUUCCCCUCCCCCCACCAUUUUAUCUUCACAGCAAUCCUGUGAAGGCUGUGACUGGCCCAGGUCGCCCAGUAAAUACAAGAUAUGAAUGGGGAUUUAAGCCCAGGUCUCCUCAGUCCAAGUCGAACACUCUCACCACCACGCCACAAUGCCUUGGCCAUUGCAAGCAGCAAGAAUACAGUUGCCUCCAGCAGGAUAAGACGAGUUUGUAGUGAAGAUUGCUGGCUUUCUUUCAGCCAGGUUUGCAUGAUAGCAACUCUUUGCAAGCAUAACUGAAUAAAAUGGAAUGAAAUAUGAAUGGAAUGUCAGCCCUAACUUUUAUUUAUUUGUGUUUUUUUGGCUUUGUCAGUCCUUGCCAUAUAUCCUCAGAUUGUUCUGUGAAGGCUUCAGCCACAAGAGUCUCAUUAUGGUUAGUCAGUCAGGUCCUUGUCUGGUGUAAAUUGGUGGUGCACCAUUGAAAUUCAGGCAGUGUGUCCAAUCGAAACCCGAUAAGAAUCCUACCGGGAAAAUGAGGUUGUUAUAAAGCUUGUAUAGCACUUUAGAAGCUAUGCAUAAUAGUGUUGCGGAGUAGUUUAUAAUCUGGAAUGUUUGGGAAAUGCACCUCUUCUGAGGAGCUUUCGGUCUCCAACUGGUACAUGAUAACUUAUAAUCAUCACUGACUCAUCUUCAGAGUGAUGUUGCUGAACAAGGCAUAGCGGUGCAAUCAGUGCUGGGUCAGCAUCUCAGUGAUUCUGGUCACAUGCCAGGAAAUGAUUUCAGAUUAUUCCUUACUCCAUAGUAAGCACACUAAGGAUUGCAGCCUUAGCCUUUAUUUGGACCAGGGCUCUCACCGUCACUGUCUAAGGGCCCUGCACUCCUGCUUUACAGAGCAAUCAAAACUCUCAAUCUGGAGAGGGUUUGGUGGGAGGCCUCCACAACUGUGGAGAUCCCUGGUGGGCCCACCAAAAGUGUGGGGAUCCGAAGCCAGCAGUAGCCAGAAGAUCACCCCCCCCCAAAAAAUGGGUCACUUCUUGGCUGUGGAGUGAAGUCCAUUAAUUCCCAAGCCAUUAGAUCCCAAGCUGUCCCAGAGCAUCAGGACAUAAGAAGAGCCUGCUGGAUCAGGCCAGUGGUCCAUCUUGUCCAAUGUUCUGUUCCCAAAGUGGCCAAACAAGAUGCCUGUGGGAAACCCACAAGCAGGAUUCGAGUACAAAGAGUACUCUCCCCUCCUGUGGUUUCCAGUACAGUGGUACCUCAAGUUAAGAACUUAAUUCGUUCGGGAGGUCUGUUCUUAACCUGAAACUGUUCUUAACCUGAAGCACCACUUUAGCUAAUGGGGCCUCCCACUGCCGCCGCGUGAUUUCUGUUCUCAUCCUGAAGCAAAGUUCUUAACCUGAGGUACUAUUUCUGGGUUAGCGGAGUCUGGAACCUGAAGAGUCUGUAACCUGAAGCAUCUGUAACCAGAGGUACUACUGUAUUUAGAAGCACUUCUGCCUCCCACUGUGGAGCUACCAGUUCAGACUUCUCUGGUGCAACAUUGAAGAGCUUUCAAGCAGAUGUGGCUCCAUUAGCUAGUGUGCUGGUCUGUGCACAUUUUCGUUCUCCCCUCCUGCUUCUAGGCCCCACUUGUGCAGCCCAUAUGUGUGUGGUCUGGGGUGGCCAAUCAAUCUUUAUUGCGGUCAAAGACCAGACAACAGAAAUAACAUCAGCAACAUGUACUGCAUCAGCACCAAGAGGUGGACGUAGUAGACAAAAAUAACAGUUCCCUAUAUACUUAUUAACAUUUUUUAAAAACACUCCAGAUAAAAUCUAUCAUCCAGAGUUUGAAAUCAGUAUGCAUUCACCGACCAUCGCUGUCACCACAGCCUGCCUUGUUCUCGUUGCCACAAAACAGAAUUUCACAACAGGCCUGGUGACAUUCAGAUCUUUGUCAGCAAGAAGGUAUCCAACAUAAGUCUUCUCUGAGUGGCCAGGUAGUUCCCUUAAUAAUGGUUGAAUUAGCUCCCGCCGUGUAUCGCGAUAUAAAAGGUAAAGGUAAAGGACCCCUGACAGCUAAGUGCAGUUGCAGAUGACUCUGGGGUUGCGGCGCUCAUCUCGCUUUACAGGCCGAGGGAGCAGGUGUUUGUCCACUCCGCAGAUAGUUUUUCUGGGUCAUGUGGUCAGCAUGACUAAGCUGCUUCUGGUGAAACCAGAGCAGCGCACAGAAACGCCAUUUACCUUCCUGCCACAGUGGUACCUAUUUAUCUACUUGCACUGGUAUGCUUUCGAACUGCUAGGUUGGCAGGAGCUGGGACAGAGCAACAAGAACUCACUCCAUUGCAGGGAUUCAAACCACCGACCUUCUAAUCGGCAAGCCCCAAAGGCUCAGUGUUUAAGACCACAGCGCCACCUGCGUUGCGAUAUAGUGGGCAAUAUAUAUGCUCAAUGGAUUCAAUCUCAUCAGAAUUAGAUGGACAUCAUCUCUGUUCUACUGCGAUAUCAUGGUAUCUGCCCUCUAAUAGUGGAUUUGGGAUGGUAAGGUUGCUAUGGGGUAGUAUUUGUUUAAAAAACAUACUUUUGAAUGCCUCAGUGUGUGUCCUUCAUGCUUGUGGGUGGGGCCAUUUUGGCUACAUAGCCAUCAGCACUCAACAACCUGUGUUUGUUAUUUAAAAGAAGUUACGAGGUUUAUGUUAUAUAGUGGAAGAUAUGUGCAAAGAACUAUCCAGUAUUUCAUGUUCAUCUUCCCCAGUAGGUCAUUCUUUCCGUUUCAUGCCCAUAGAAUUCAGGUUAUUAAAGAGAGUAAUUUGUCUUGCCAGCCCCAUGGCCGCACAAAAACUUGAUUUCAUGUUUUCUUUUAUGCAAAGCCCAUCCUAUCCUGACUGCACCACAUUUUGCCCUAUGGACUAAUUAAAACACCCAUGUUGUUAAUAAGUUCUGGCUGAUUUUUUCAUUUAACGUUGCAGCGUUCUCCUGCUUGUAAAUUUCAGUUGGAGUGCUUGAUGCCAAGUUAGAGGACAUCAGUAAUGUGAUGUAAUUUGGAUUUCCCUGCGUCCAGUCCCAACAGGAUACAUGCACAUAAGUACUGGUUAUUAAGGACAAGACUAAGUCAAUAAAUCCAAGGGAGUCUUCUUUAAAUAGUUAAAUUGCUAUAAUUUAUGCAGUGCCAAAGCCCAGACUUUCUUCUGGUUCUCUUAAAACUACUUUAUUAAUCUUAAUUUAUCCCCCACUUUAUUAACCCUAAUUUCAAACUGCAUCUUAAUAGAAGUAGUCAGUUGACCUAGAAACUAUUAAUGAUGAAGCAGAACCUCUGAGAAAUGUGUACAAGACAAUCAGCCCAGAACUACUAAUCAGUGCUGCUGACCUCAUGUUCUACACUGAAACCUAAAAUGGGUAUUUGGAUGUGUUUUUUCUCAACUGGCCAGUCUGAUGUUUAUUUGGCGGGGGGAGGGGAGGAGAAGCUUGUUUAAUUUGAGGCCGCUUGAUGGGGUACGGCAAGGCAGCAGAAGGACUGAGCGUUGUGCGUGCCGCUCUCGGUAGUGCAAAACGUAGCAAGAGUUUUGAGAGGCUUUUUGGAAGGUUGGGCCCAUGGCAGAGGGGUGUGAAGGCAUACUAAUAUUUCAGAGGAAUGAAUAUAUAAUCCAGUUUGCUGUGCCAAGUUUCCCGUUACUAGUGAACUCUUUGGGGAGGGUUUAUGAAUGUCCAAUUUGGGCGUGCUGAAUUUAUGCAGAGGGCUCUUAUUACGCUGCCUCAUCUAAAACAAUUUGGCUACUUUCGCUCCCCCACCCCACCCCCCAGAACUGGCCAGCCUGCUCUGCUUUCCCAGCCAUAUCGCAGAGCAAUUACAACCAAGGUGAUUAGCUGGUUGUAAUCUCAGACCCUCCAAGUGUCCCUAUUUUCCAGGGACGUUCCUGAUUUAGAGAAGCCGUCCCAGUUUCUGAUUUGAUCCCAGAAUGUCCCACUUUUCCUUAGGAUGUCCCUAUUUUCAUUGGAGAAAUGUAGGACGGUAUGGAAUUCUCUGACCCCCCAAGCCGUCUGAUGGCAAUCCUGUAUAAGGAAAUCUUUUCAAUGUUUAAUGUUUUAUUAUGUUUUUAUAUAUGUUGGAAGCUGCCCAGAGUAACUGGGGCAGCCCAGUAAGAUGUAUGGAGUAUAAAUAGUAAAAUUAUUAUUAUGGAAUGGGGCGGUCCCUCUUUUCAUCGGAUAAAUGUUGGCGGGUAAGCAAUCUCUCCUUCCUACCCAUGGUGGGUAUGACACUCUUUAAAGACACCAAUGGCCUAAUCCUAUCCAUGUUUGCUUAGAAGCUAGUCCAGACAGAUUUUAAAAUAGGAUUUACUUCCAAGGAAAUGUGCUUAGGGUUGCAGCCCUCGAAGUUAGACAGAACAAAGGAAAGAACGGGGAAGUGUGUCACAUAUUUAAUUCUCAAAAGUUGUGUGUGUGUUUUAGAGAACCCAGCAGAUUCUAAGCGCAAGUGAAAAGUACUGUAUCCAGAGGCAGCUUUAAUUUACAUAGCUAACCCUUACUCAGCAGAGUACCAUAAGUGGUGGAGAUACUGAAGCCAUAGAUGGGUCACAUUUCCUGAACAAUUUGUCAUACAUAGUGUGGGCCCUAACAAGCUUUCCCUAUCAGACACCUGGCGUCAUUACUCUUAUUUCCACUGCAUUCGGUUCUACAAAAAAAAACAUGCAUUAGGCUCGCAAGUGAAGUGGUGAACACAGUGCACAGCCGUCUUGUUUGCUUGAAGCAGAUACAGGAAGCGUUUCGUUCUUUCUUCGUCUUCUGUCAUGGCAUCAACACCAUAUUGUGUGCUUCCCCUCCCCCCUCCAAUAAGCAUCAACAUGCUAGACCAGACCAAAAUCCAGCUGGCCUGCCAUCCUGCUUCCAGCAGCGGUCAGCCACACGCCUCUGGGAAGUUCACAAGAAGGGCAUGAGCCUCUCCUGGUUGUUUGGAUCCAGCACCUGCUAUUCAGGGGUAUCUGUAUCUUAGCUUUCCAUGAAACUAUUGGGGCUAAUAGAUAUGGAAAUCUGUGCAAACUCCACCCCACCCCCCCACAAAGAUAAAGAUCUGUUGAACUGACUGCAGAGUCCUCUGCAGUUGGUUUCCUCUUCUAGAGAGUGUGGGCAAGCAUGGGUGCCAACUUGAAUAAAAUACAGACCCUCCAAGUGUCCUUAUUUUCCAGGAACAGUCCCAGAUUUACAGACACCGUCCCAGUGUCUGAUUUGUUCCUGGAAUGCCCCACUUUUCCUUAGGACGUCCCUAUUUUUACCAGAGAAAUGUUGGAGGGUGUGGUAGGAUGUCCCUAUUUUCAUCAAAGAAGUGUUGGAGAGUAUGACCCCAGAGCCAUCUGCAGGCAGUUUUGUAGAGGGAAGUCAGAUGGGUGGGCUUUAAAUACUAAAAUUAUUAUUAUGGAAUAGGACAUCCCUAUUUUCAUCGGAGAAAUAUUGGAGGUUAUGUAAAAUAUUGAAGGGGGAGGUAAGGCCCGCCCCAUAUAAUCAAUCAUAAGUUGUGGCACACACACACACACACACACACACACACAGAGACAGACACCAUUUGAAUGGCCAUGGCCAUGAACUUCGGCUGGCCCAGCCCCCUCAAAUGUUUCAUUGGGGGUGCUGAAGGGACCUUGGCCCUAGGAGUUGGCUCCCAUGUGGAGCUUUCAUGAAGGUUAAAGGAUCGUGAUAUGUAUUUUCUCUUGGGCCCAUUACCACCCCACCUCCAUAUUUAUUUCUUGCUGCUAACCCUCUGAAUUGUACUGGUGGAGGGCAAUCAUUCUCAGAAGCCAAUUUCCUACUCCUGGCCCUCCAAUCUGCAUUGGCAACCCCCGUCAGAGCAUGAAGGCUGGGCUCAGAUACUACUGGUAGAUUCCCUCCAGCCUCAGCUGUCUUAAGAGCUUGUAUCUGGCUGAGAGCUUUUUCCUGGCAGUUUGAGGGCAGUGUGUCCCCACUUUGGGUUGGCACUUCUGCCCCCCCAACCCACUUUGCAGUGGUGGGAUCUCCCUGUUCAGCUUCUACUCCAUCCCUAGCUACUUUGGCCCCAAGGCAGGAUUAUCUUCUGUUUCACCGGGAACAGAUUCAAAACAUUCAGGAUUCCUUCAGAAAUGGACUUGUGUUACUCUUGCUAGGUUACUGGACCAAAGGCAUCAAUCAAUUACUUGCCGUGGUUAAUUGAUAUUUUGAGGAUCAGGCUUGAUUUCACUCUAGCUCUCUUCAAGGUCUGAAAGCAUCGGUAAGUGACAGCGAAUUAACAGUUUGUUCACAGCUUAAAAUGGAAUUUUGAUUAAUUGAAAAUGCCAUAUGGGCUAUCAAAGGUUGCAGCGUUGCCCGAGAGGCUGCCUCCCACUUUUUAACAUUCCAUUCUUCUCCACUCAUUUUCCCUUGUCUAAUGUAUUUUUGUAGGUUGAUUUUGACCAACAAGAGUGGCUUUUUAAGGCACACCCUCCCCUAAUACAUGCAUAUAUUUUUGGGGGUAUAUAUAUUUUGGGUUGUAUCACCGAAUUCAGAGAAGUGCAAAUUUGGAAGUGUUAGCUGUCUUCCAAGCUCACAUUUUAUUUCAGGAAAUGAGGUAGGUCUGUAUUAAAAUGCAAACCAAAUUUCUCCCCACACACCUAGCUGUAGGCUGAGAAGGGGUGAAGCAGAGUGAGGCAGGUUAGAGGCAUUACUGAAUGCUGAAAUCAUCGGUUGUGUCAUGUUCAUUAUUUUUGUAAAAUCACAUAAUUAUUGAGGGGGACAUGGAUUUACCCCCAAAUCUUGGUCAAGCCCACACCAGAGCUGUAAACCACAUGCUGUGCAUGCCAUAGGAGCCAUCUCCUAGGGGCUGAGGGCUCUUUGCCCCCCAAUAAAAUAUUUGAGGGGCCCCCAAAGUCAGUGGGCAUUGCCAUUCAAAUGGUGUGUGUGCAUGGUGGCAUGGAAUUGAUUAUGCAAGGCAAGGCUUACCUCCCCCCUCCCAAAAUUUUAUUCAAGUUGGUAAGGUAAAGGGAAAGGACCCCUGGACAGUUAAGUCCAGUCAAAGGUGACUAUGGGGCUGCGGCGCUCAUCUCGCUUUCAGGCCAAGGGAGCAGGCGUUUGUCCACAGACAGCUUUCUGGGUCAUGUGGCCAGCAGCACUAAACCGCUUCAAGUGCAACGGGACACUGUGAUGGAAGCCAGAGUACACAGAAACACUGUUUACCUUCCUGCCACAGCGGUACCCAUUUAUCUACUUGGUUGCUUGCUUUCGAACUGCUAGGUUGGCAGAAGCUGGGACAGAGCAAUGGGAGCUCACCCCGUCACGGGGAUUCGAACCACAGACCUUCCGAUCAGCAAGCCCAAGAGGCUCAGUGGUUUAGACCACAGCAUCACCCGCAUGCACACAGAAGUCACCAGGCUUCAAUCCCUGCCCAUCUAAGACAUGUGCAAAAUUCCUCUUUGGCCGUUUUCACACCAAGCACUUAAAACAGUAUAAAGACCACUUUAAACACUCAUGGCUUCCCUCAGAGAAUUCUGUGAGCUGUUGUUUGUUAAGAGGCCCCUACUCACCACACAGAGCUAUAAUUCCCCAUGAAGAGGCAUUGACUGUUGACCCACUCCAGGGAUUGUUUAAAGUGGUAUCGUAGUGUUUUAAAUGUAUAAUGUUGAUGUGGUCUUUGAAAUCCUGGAGGGCUGCUGCCUGUCAAUCAGAUGGGCCCAAGUUCUGGGCCCGGUGCACAUACUAUUCCCCCACAAUGCCUUUCUUCCUUAGGGCAACAACUAUUGCAUCCAGGGCAAGAGCUUGGAAUUUCUGCCUGAGGGCUCCCAAGUCCUUUAUGCAAACCCAGAUGAAAACUCCCAGUGGAAUAAAGAAAUGCAUUAGGAUGGAGUGAUUUAAUGAAUGGAUAGUAAAAGCCAAAUACAAUCAUUUGUAGUUGUACACUUGAAGGGGGUUUGGCUGAUACUGUGUUUCACUCUCCCCCGCCCCCCUUUACAGUUUUUUUUCAAAAAAAACCAACAAAAUCAGAAAGAUGCACAAUGCACAUUUUUAUAAGGGCUUCUCAAAGGACGUAAAUAUAUGGUUGCUGACAUUUUGCCUCUAAGGACCCUUUUGAACACAUUAUCUCCAGAGCGUUGCUCCAAUCUGACUGUUUAAAAUAGAAUAAGUUGGGGAAACUCCCUUCAAUGUGUUUUCAAUUGCAGAUCGUGGCACUUUCAUCCAACAAUUUUGAGGAGAUAACUUUUAAUUACAAUAAUAAGAACCACAUGGGCAGUUGAUUGAUGCAAACCUGAUGUGUUCUCUUACUUUAUUAAUCUUUUUAAUUAGAGUCAAAAGAAUGUUUUAUCUGUCGGGAAGGAGACGAGAUGGGCCGUGACGCUCUGCUGCACUUCUGUGACUGCAAAAACUUGAUUGCUCACCAGAAAUGUCUUUUAACUUGGAUACAAAAGGUAAGGGAACUGAUGCAGAAUAUGUCCUUCCAGUUCAGCAUCUUUGGUCUCUCACUCUUCCUGCGACGGUGUACGUCAGCAUCUUACUGUGUGGGGAUAACACUAUGGUAGGCCUUCCUUGUCUUCAUUUGCAAAAGGGCUCUUGCUUGCGAUUUUCCAGAAGUUCUCUGAAUAUAUUAUUCUAGAAAUACCUUUGGGAAGGACCAUUGGAGAGGACUCCAACCCCCACCCCCCACCCCCCGCUGGAGAAUACUCAGCAAUAACCCUUCCCACUGAAUAAGGUGAUUUUGAUAUUAUUAUUUUUUAACUAGCCCUAGUUAUAGCACACAAGCAUGGGUUUAUAAUCUUGGUUCCAGGAUAUGGCCUGAAGGUCUGUGAGGCUUUCUGAAGCCAGGUGGGUCUGAUCACAGUCUGGAUGGAUGACUGCUGUGGAACCAUGUGUAGGCUACCAUCAUGGGUUCCAUGAUGGGAGAAAAUAAGUAAAUACAAGUGCUUAGCCUUAUACUUAAGUUGAUAUUUUCUGGAUAACACAGUUGGUUAAAGCAGGGUGCUGAUAAUCUUACUCGGCUACGAGUGAUCACCAAAGGAGAAGAAGGAGAAGAAGACAGCCUAGAUGUGUAGCAGUUGAGUUUCCACUGAGCUGAGUUUCAUUGGUCAUUAGGAAAGAAAAUGUAUGUAGCACCUAAUCACAGGCAUGGCUACAUGAUGUGGAGUCUGAAUUCAGAUGCUAUCUAGCGUCCAAAUGCAAAGUAUUCAAACACAGAAGAAAAUAUAAUGUUGUGUAGCUUAUUUGUUUGUUUGCUUACAUUUAUGAAUUGCUUCCUAUGAAACAUCUCCAAACAAUUUUGCAAUAAGAAACCCCAGCAAAUUCUCCUUCAGGCGUUCAGGUUCCAGACCAUUCCUAUUGUGUGUGUGUGGGGGGGGACUUGCCGCAUCACCACAUCACAAGACAACUCUUUCUCGUUGUGCUUGGUGAUCAUUGGUUCCAUUAGCAGUUAGCCAAAAAUGAGUAUCAUCAGGAUGUGGGGUUGUUGGGUACAAUGGAUGAGCUUCCUAUAGCUCCCUGCACUAGUAUCCCUGCAAAUGCAAUAUUUUGUUAGGAAAGUCUCAAGAUCAAGCUAUAAAUAAGUGAGAUGUUGACUUGGAAGAGGUUUUUAGAACUCCCUCUCCUAAUUUGAAACACAUGUGGCAAAUAUUCAGUAUCAGCACUACUUAAUAUGUUCACAGACCCAGGACUUCUUCUUUUUUUUCAUGGAAUUGAUUUCCCCAGCUCCCCAAAGAGUUCGCAAACCUAACGUUAUAAUUUAGGCUCUAUUAUUUGGAGUGGUUUCCCUUUUGUGCCAGAACAGGAAGCCAGUCUGGUGGUCAAAUUGCUAAAUGCAACGUGAUAGUCCCCAUCUUUUGUUAGAAUUGACCGCGGUUAUUUGUUACGAUUUUGUGUGAUGCCGGCAUUGUAGCAGGCGGAGGGCUGUGAUUCUGAGCAUGUUUCGUAAGCGAAACGAAAUCAAGACAUAACUUCUGGCCAAAUGUGCUUAAAAGUGUCUAACUUGCUUGCAUUCUCAGUGAGCUUUGUAAUGGGGCAUAGCUCAGGAGCAGAGCACAGGAACGAAAUCCCUGCACACACCAGAAUAACCAGACGGGGCACAAGAGGACUGGGGAAACUUAUUUAUUUAAUUUACUUACAAUAAUAUCCACAACAUUAACGUGCAUGGGGGCUUUAGUUUCUACCGUUCUGGGGACAUCUGACAUAGAUAGGAUGAGCCUAACCCAGCACUCAGUUGGCAAAAGGCAUAUCCUAAACAACUUAGCACCAGGCUGCUGAAAGGAAGACCUUGCCUCCAUACAUCUCUGCUAGGCAACUACGUAACUCAGAUGGAGCACUGCUUAGACUACUGCACACACCCCAGAGGUGUGCUUCGUAUGUCCUAGAAAUUGAGCUUUUAGUGUUGCAGCUCCAGCCCUCUGGAAUUAGUUGUUUGUUUCUUAUUUUUUACUAGUCUUAUUCUUAUUUAUUAGUUGUGUUUUUGCACUCGGGUGUCCCAGAGUGACUGAAACAAUGAAAAGAGAAAGAACAAAAAGAUAUAAAAGAUAUUAAAAGGAACAAGUCCUACCCACCCCACUUAAAGGAUGGGCACAACAAAGGCCACUGACAUAUCUAGCUACCCUCCCAAUUAAAAAGCCUGGGUUAUUAAGAAUGUUUUUGCCUGGCAUCUAAAAGCAGGCAGUGAUAGGAGAAUGCAGGGAAUUUUGAUAGGUGGGCUUUGCACCUGCCUUGAGUGUUUUCGCCUGGCUGAUGUGUGCCUUUGAACCCUGAUAAUGUAUGUUUGUUUGUUUGCUUGCUUGCUUGGGUGGAGGGUGGAGAGGUAUGUAUGUGCAAAGGUAGCAUUGACAUCAGUUGUUCUAUCCAGUUUUGCCUGUGGCCCCACCCAUCAGUGCCCACAAGGAAAUGUGGCUCUCAAACUGGAAAGGGUUCCCUAGCCUUGCCUCUCAGAAGCAUCAUUUUGGUGCGUUAGAGAUGAUGUACAUUUUAAGGAAGAACAUGGUAGAGCCUCCUUUGGCAUGUACCACUUCCAAACGUAGGUGGGAGGAUUCACAUGUUCAAAUGCUGCCCUAUGCAAAAACAAAAAAUCCUUGUAGAAUAAAACUAGGAUACCAAGGUGAUAGCCAGGCCUGGCUGAGAAAUGCUGGCAUUUCAGGCGAAAAAGGUUAAAACUAUUCUCCCUUUUCGCAAGCAUUUUUUGGGGGGGAAAGGAGAGUAGCCUACAGUCCUGCAGUCCCCAGCCUGUAUUCCGGUCCCAGGAGGGGCUGUUUCAAGAGUGACAAGAUUAAAUAACCCAUCCAUCACAAUUUCCUGCAUUCUCCCAGUCUUCUUCUUCCAUCCCACAUCACAGACUCAGGGCCAAGCCCGACGUGAUGGUGACAGCCACUUUUGUUUGUUCAAGUGUCUGCACAGUUGAUGUUUAAAGUGGGGAAAGUGUCUAAUUUUAACAUCAAAAGGGGUGCAGAGAUGAAAGGAGAAGAGCGCUCCUUGCAGGCUGUCACCCCCCAGCACUCAUCUCUCAGCCUGUCUCGCUUCCAGUAAUGGAGUCUGGCUGAUGGGGAGGGAGGUAGUGCAGGUGAGGAUGAAACAGAGGAGCUCCCUUUAAUGAUGAAAUUGGGCAUUUCCACACACACACACACACACUAUUCUGUGAACCUCCACAUGAACAGACAGUCAUAUGGGUCCAACCAGCAUCCUUCUCCAUUCCAUCAUCCUCUUUCCUGCAGUCAGAUGCUUCUAGGAAGCUCACAAACAGGACAUGAAAGCAAUAGCUGUCUUCUCCACUUGUUCCUCAGCGGUAGGUUCCCUCUCACUUCAGAGGCUGUACGUAGCCUCUAGCAUCCUUUCCCCUCCAUGAAUUCAUCCACUCUCUUCUCAGACCCAUGCCCUUCACUACAUGUGGUGUUGAGUUCCAAAGUUUAACCACGUGCCUAAAUUACUUCUUUGUUGCGCUUGAAUCUCCCACCACUCUGCUUCACCUGAUGGCCCUGGGAUCUAGUAUCACGAGACAAGGAGAAAAACAUUUUUCUGUCCAUGGGCAAUGAGUGAUGAUUGCUACCAUCACGCCGAGUUUGACCUCUGGUCUGCAGCUCUGAGCUUAUCAAAUGUCAUUAUCUUCAGGUGACCCAGGCUGAAGUUGAACAAGAUGAGCUUCUCACACAAUGGGGCAUGAGAGGAAAGUCUGUGAUUGGCAGGGACAGAGCCCUUGAAAUUACAGUAAGAAUUAGAGAGGCCCACUGCAUUUUUGCCUCAUGCCUUGCCAACCUUGGAGACCCCAAACAUAGUACUAUUUCAAGAUACAAUAGACCAACAAGCCUAAGGGACAAACUGAGCUCUACGUUAAGCAAAUCCCAAGUAGGCCUCUGACCUGAAGAUCCAAGUAUAUGAUUCCCUCCAGAAGGAAUUAGAUCUAUGCUGACACAGCGAAUUCAGUUUUGAGAGUUUAUUGGGUUUGAAAUUCAUGACGUGUCGUAUUGAGCCAGGAACUCCUGGAACACAAUGGCUGCUGUUUUGUGCUGGGCAUGAUGGCACUGUCAUGUAUGUUGUGGUCUUUCAGCCAAAUGUCUAUUUCUGAAAAACUGGAGAAAGUCCAAACCUCCCUGUGAAGAAGACUGGGUUGAGGAUUUAUUAAAUCUAGCGACUAAUGGGAAGAAAAACAUUUUUUGUCAUUGAGAUGCAUUGGAAUGUAGCGCCAGUUUUCAAGGAAAUCGUUGCAUGUGUGCAAGAACGACUGCUAGUGCAACAAGACUCUCCUUCUUCUCCUCCCACUGCAUGUUCCUGCUCUCCCCAAAUAUGCUCCAGUGGGUUGGAGUAAACUCCAGAACAGAUUCAGGGAUCGAGCAAAUGUGGGGGGAAAGAAAGAGGAAUUCAUUGCACUGAUAGAAUCUUAACCUUAGUGCUAUGUUGAACACAACCCUAUAUUAGGCUUGCUAUAUUUCAAAAAAGUGAAAAUCUAGACACAAAUGUUGAGCUUUCAAGUUGUUGAGUUGUUGAGCUUUUGAGUUGUAUGGCAGCCCUACCUAUGUGUUCCUUAGCUUGUAGUGGAGAUGUAUCCAGCUAAGUUACGCCAAUAUUUUCCUCUUCUCUCUCCCUCUGAAUAAAUAUUGACCAUUUGUUUGCAGGAAGUUUUGUAAGGGGAAUAAUUUGAAUUAUUGCAUUAUUGAACGAAAAGGAUAACGUUAGCUAUGAUAAUUAAAGGCAAUAUGAAUUUAAAAAAUGCAGAAGAAAUUAUAAAAAUGGGAGAUCACCAGAGGUGCUGAUGGAAGUCCAAAAAGAUUGCAUAAGAGGUGAAAUUUUGUGGAAUGUAUGAUAAUUAUUAUGUUUUAAAAUUAAUAAAAAUUAUUUUAAAAAAGAAAAAAAGAAUAAAUAUUGACCAUUUGGGGGGUUAUAUGGAUGGGCUUAGCUUGACAGAUGAGCAAAGAUAAGCAGACUCUUUAUUAAUGCUCUACAUUUUACAUAGGUUUAUAACGGUAUCGGUUUAGUUUGGGAUCCGCCUUUAUUUAUGAGCUGAAAUUGUUUAGUGCACUGAAAUGCUGAUGCAAAUCUUAAUGCAUCUUCCUACCUGAUAUGGUUUAUGUACAAAUAGCUUCUGAGCAUUUAGAUUUCUUCUCAUUUAUUUCCACAGGCGGCUUUGGGGGAUUUCUACUACGUUUUACAAAAGAGGUUCUGUGUUUGUGAAUCAGGUCAUCGGGUCAUUGCAGGGAUGGGCAGCUACCUACUGUCCACCAUGCCCUUGGCACCACAGAAAAGAGUGGGGCUUGUGCAAGAACUGGACUGGAAGAAAUGUAGCGACAGACCCUCAGAUACUUAUGGAGAAAUUUCCCCUUGCCAAAGUGAUAAUCACCAAAGGGGAGGGAAGAUUUCACCACCGACUUCCACAUUUGCUUCUCGAGGGGCAUAA